CCGCCGGAAGUGAUCCGGGAUGGCUCGCCCCACCACUCGUGCGGGGCCGCUGUGCACCGAGCAGUUUGGCUCUCAAGCGGCCCGGGGCUGCUGCGCCGCUGCCGACGGGAGCUUGCAGUGGGAGACCUGGGGGUGGCGCUGGUGGGGGUUCUCCGGGGCUGGUACAGCGAACCCCGGAGGACGAGAUGCGGGCGAAGGGGGAGCUCCCGGGACCGCCUUUCCAACUCUCUCGCGUCUCCUGGCUGUGUUCCUGCCUCAGGGCUUUCCUGAUAGCGUCAGCCCAGACUACCUGCCCUACCAACUUUGGGAUUCCGUGCAGGCCUUUGCUUCCAGCCUCUCGGGCUCCCUGGCCACCCAUGCAGUCUUGCUAGGCAUAGGGGUGGGAAAUGCAAAAGCCUCUGUUUCAGCUGCCACGGCCACCUGGAUAGUGAAAGAUUCGACGGGCAUGCUGGGCCGCAUCGUCUUUGCCUGGUGGAAGGGGAGCAAGCUGGACUGUAAUGCCAAGCAGUGGAGACUUUUUGCUGACAUCCUCAAUGAUGUAGCCAUGUUCCUGGAGAUUAUGGCUCCCAUAUACCCAGUCUGUUUUACUGUGACCAUCUGCAUCAGCAACCUGGCCAAGUGCAUUGUGAGCGUGGCCGGCGGGGCCACUCGGGCUGCACUGACCAUGCACCAGGCCCGGAGAAACAACAUGGCCGACGUGUCAGCCAAGGAUAGCAGCCAGGAGACGCUGGUAAACCUGGCAGGGCUCCUGGUCAGCCUCUUGAUGCUUCCCCUCGUGUCAGAUUGCCCUAGCUUCAGCCUCGGUUGUUUCUUCCUCCUCACCGCCCUCCACGUCUAUGCCAACUACCGGGCAGUCCAUGCCCUGGUCAUAGAGACCCUGAAUGAAGGCCGGCUUCGGCUGGUCCUGAAGCACUUCCUUCAGAGGGGGGAGGUACUUGACCCUACUUCAGCCAAUCGGAUGGAGCCAUUGUGGACAGGUUUCUGGCCGUCUCUGUCUCUGUCCUUGGGGGUCCCCCUGCAUCGCUUAAUCUCCAGUGUCUUUGAGCUGCAGCAGCUGGUUGAGGGACACCGAGAACCUUACCUUCUUCACUGGGACCAGUCACAAAACCGAGUACAGGUUGUUCUGAGCCAGAUGGCAGGCCCUGAGACCAUCCUAAGGGCUGCCACACAUGGGCUGGUGCUUGGAGCCCUGCAGGAAGAUGGGCCCCUCCCAAGAGAGCUGGAGGAACUGAGGAACCGAGUACGGGCAGAGCUCCUGGUUCUGCACCCCCAUCCAGGUCCUAAGAAAGAAAGCUGGGUCAUCAUCAAGGACACACACCAAGUGUUGGACAAGCUAUUCCCAAAGUUCUUGAAAGGACUGCAGGAUAUGGGCUGGAAGACUGAGAAGCACCAGCUAGAGGUGGAUGAGUGGAGGGCCACUUGGCUCUUGUCUCCCGAAAAGAAGAUCUUGUGAGCAGCCCACAUGGAGGGCUACAUCCCAGGUUAAAAUCCUGAAGUAAGAACACUUUGACUGCAGCAGAGCGUGGGAAAAGGGUAGCUUUAUUUUUGCGUGGAGAACGGCUGUGGCUGUUUGGCCAAGGCCUCAGUACAUAACUGCCAGUCUUAGCCUGGAUUGGGCUCCAGGCAGACAAAUUAGAAAGGGAACUGUGGCCUUCCUCCUUCCCUCCUGCCCUGAGUGUCUCAUGGUGUCCCAACAUAGUUGGCCUCAGGCAUAAAAGCCCCAGAGGAAAGUGGCCACGGCCAUCAUGAGCAGGGCAUUGAAGUUGACCACACGGGCCCAUUUUGGGUCCUCACUGAUGUCCUCCAGCUGCCUGGUUGCUGUAGCCAUCUCCUCCUGGGUGGGGGGUGGGGAACUACCUGCCCCGCCCUUGCGCAUUCCACAGAACCAGAGCAGGCACUGGCGAAACAGGCCUGGUGCUGGGGAUUGGGACUCUGGGAAAAAUUGAAGCCCUACAGUGAGUUUGAGGGAACUUGGUUCCCCCACCUCCGUAGUCCCACCUCCUGGAGACUUACCCUCCAUCUCUAUUGCAUGCUCGGGAUGCCCGUUCUGUACUGGGGUUGAGGCUGAACCUUCCACCUCAUCAGCAUCCAGGUCCUCCCGCUCCUCCUUGCUGUGCCGGAGACUGAAAACCAGGCGGUGGAGCUGGGGAAAGGUGGGAGCAGGGAACCAGUGGGAGUUCUGUUCCCCCAGCCCCACACCCUGGUGUCUCAUCCACACUACCACUUGCUAGCCUCCCUCUGUCCGGCCUGUACACCUAGCCCGGGAGCAGCUCAAACAUGAUGUAUGGCUGUCUUUUGCUCUCAGGCUAAACCCAAGCUCUUCAGCUGGGUGUUUAAAGCUCUUGGCUCUGCUUCAUCACCCCAGGUCCCCUGUCUGCACUUAAAAUUGUAGUACUUUAGACUCCAGUCUUACAGUCCAUGUAGAUAUUUGCUCAUAUUUCCUCCUGUCGCCUUUCCACCCACUUCUCCACCUGUGGAGUCCUGAGCCCAUCCUCCAGGGCCUGGCUCUGUCAUCUAGUCCCCUACCCCCACACCCAGUCAGCCCUGCCUCCAGGCACUUGCCCUGCAGCAGAACAAGACCAGGCCCUUCUGUGUCCUUCUCAGCCACCAAUCAUCUCCUGUGUUUCUAGUCCCAAAGGCCAUGCCAAGGAAGUAGGGAGCUUUAUCACUUCCCCCUACAAACUUUUUCAAGCCACCUCCCCCAAACCUCCAAUAAAUGUCACUAAGUAAAAACA